AUGGACAAUAUCUUCGCCAUUGGCGUUGGACUGGCUCUGCGCGCGAUAAUCGACACUGUGACCCACCACAACCAUAGGGUAAAUGGCUCUUUGGUUGGACUGUGGGAAGGAGCAGUUCUUCACCACUUUCUAGCCAAAUUUCCCCGCUCAUUGGAUCCGUUUGUCGCCUUUGGAUUUCGUUUAUUCGUCGAUUUGUUGUUCACAGCAAGCGUGACGAGGCUUGCUAUCGUGGUUGUCUGGACUGGCCUUGGAUUACUGCUUUCCGACCUUGGUUUAGAACUCUUGGAAGAUAAACGAUUUCGUCGACUCUGGCGUCGCGUCCAGCGAGCCUUGCCCGCUUUUCUUAGGCCUUAUACAACUGCGCGUGCUCCCUCUCGUGUCCAGUUCCUUCAAGUACCUCCCAAUGCUUCCACAACUUCGUCUAACACCGCUCGCAGUCCCCCUAUCUUGCGCUCCCCCAUAUCACCCCGAUCGCAACCACAAUUACGACCUCAUGCAAGAUCACCGGUUCCCCCCGUCCCCGCACGUCGUCCCAGCACUCGUCCUCUUCCGGGCUCCUUUUCUGACUGGUCUGAGGCGGACACAGAGGCUACUCGCGCGUCGCGACUGCAGCAAUUACCUAUGCGAACGCGAACACCAUCAGAGCUCGAUUACAUUCCCGACAUUCCCCACACCCCCGGAAUGGAGACAUACCCUUCGAUAAUACGCCCUGCUUCUCGUCCUGUAUCCCGACCUACCAGAUCCGUCGCCUCUGGACUCACUACACCUGAACAAAGUGGUAGUCAAGCAAGCGGCUCGGAUGGACGACCUAGAGAUUAUUCUGGGUUAACAACUCCACUAGAGAGAUCAAUAAGCCCAGAAACCAGAAGAGAGCGAUUACCUCCAGUCAUGAUUAUUGAGGACGAUGGCUUCCAUGACGGAGCUCGCACGCCUACGAGGACUGAGUUGACAGACUCUCCUCCAAUUCCAAUUCCUCUUCGACCAUCCUCACGACAUUUGGACCCAUUGGUCUCAGUACCUCCAGAGCUUGGAGAUCCUCUGCCAACUCCAAGCAUCGCACCACCCGCUGGUGAAAUGCCCGACAUACCCACUCCGGAUGACGUGGAUGCAGCAAUGACAGAGCGAGGUACUGGGAACAGGAGUCCACCCCCGUCGUAUGAUCAAAUGGACACGAAGUUUCCGGAUAAUGUGUCCGUCGCUGAGUCUCAGGCACCUAGCGUGAUCUCGGAACAUUCACAUGGGGCGCUUGUGUCAAGAGCUGAUACUCUGAGGAAGGAAGCCGUUGAACUGGAUGCCACUAGGGCAAAGCUAAAGCGGGAGUAUGAUGCUGCAAAUCGUGACAAAGACUUUUGGCUGGCUUUUCGGCUGAAAGUUGAACACGAUAGAGCUGCUCAAAAUGCCCAGGCCAUGCACGCGAGAGCCGAGCGACGCUACUUCAAAGCGCAUAAUCGCACUCCUGAGCCGCAAACAAUUGAUGUGCACCGUUUGAAGGUCCCUGAAGCAGUGGCUAGAGUUGAGCAAUCAUUGUUUGACGCUCUUGAAGCUGGGACUCCGGAAUUGCGUGUAAUUACGGGUCGGGGGAAUCAUUCAAAGGGGAAGAUACCGGUCCUAAAGUUGGCCAUUAUUGGCGCGAUGGAGGAGUGA